AUGAAUUUAUGUCCCAGACAGGAAUCUUGGGAUCUUGCACUGCUUACAAAGACCUGGUACACAAACCUAGCCAACAUCAAGUUGCCCUUCUUGGAGGAAAUUAGCUUUGGUAGUCCUAUACACCUUACAAAGUGUACCACCUGUAAGACUGGUCUGCUCCCCUCAGCAGAAAGCAUCAAAGUUGAAAGGAAUUAUGAAAUGAAGCGCCUAGAAGACCUCAAAUGUCAGAAAAAUAUAGCUGAGGAAAUUCAGUUUUCUUUAAGGGGCAGGCCAGUUGGUUUGAGAAGACCUCUUCCACCUAAAUGA